AUGCGCCUUCCUUGGUCUGCGUGGCUCCUAAGCCCAGCUCUUCUAGCUGUGGCCUGCUAUGGCGUGCCUUACAACGAAUACAUUCUGGCCCCCGCAUCACGACAUCUCGUUCCCCUUGAAGUUCUCGAGGUCAAUGGCUCCGUUACAAACCCCUCCUCUCUGACGCAAUCCAGCGGUGGAAAUGCUACAUUUGAUGGGCCAGCCUCUGUCACGUUCGACUUUGGCCGCAACAUAGCCGGCAUUGUGUCUCUAGACAUUGGGUCCUCAUCCACACGCAAUGGCUUCAUUGGCGUGACUUUCACAGAGUCUAGUUUGUGGAUCAGCAGUCAGGCUUGUGAUGCCACAGCUGAUUCAGGUCUCGACUCACCAUUAUGGUUCCCUGUCGGUCAAGGACCGGGUACAUACACCGCAGAAAAGAAACACAAUCGCGGCGCAUUCCGGUACAUGACCCUGGUCACCAACACAACUGCCGCGAUAUCUGUCCGCAAUGUCCAGAUCAACUAUACAGCUGCCCCAUCUCAGGAUCUCCGCGCAUACACGGGCUACUUCCACAGUAACGACGAGCUGCUCAACCGCGUCUGGUACGCGGGUGCAUACACUAACCAGAUUUGUACGAUUGAUCCAAGUACAGGGAAUGCAUUGCCGUUCUUAGGGAUCAUUAGCUCGGAUAGUAACAUCACUCUCCCGGACACCACCCCUUGGUACAGCAACUACACUAUCUCCAACGGCAGCAGCACACUUACAGACGGUGCAAAACGGGACCGUCUGAUCUGGCCGGGCGACAUGUCAAUUGCACUGGAAAGCGUUUCCGUGAGCACGUCUGACCUCUACAGUGUGCGCACCGCCCUAGAGACUCUGCUUUCUCAACAAAAACCAGACGGCCGUCUACCCUACGCCAGCAAGCCGUUCAUUGAUAUUGUGAGCUUCACCUACCAUCUCCACAGCCUCGUUGGUGUAUCUUACUACUACCGGCAUUCGGGCGAUCGAGCUUGGCUAUCUCAGUAUUGGGGCCAAUACCAGAAAGGCCUGCAAUGGGCACUUUCCAGCGUGGAUGACACUGGACUUGCCAACGUCACUGCCAGCUCUGACUGGUUGCGAUUCGGAAUGGGAGGCCAUAACAUCGAAGCGAAUGCCAUUCUCUAUUUCGUUCUCAACGAAGCCCAAGAUCUGUCCCAAGCCAUCAGCAACCAUACCAAUGCCAACUGGACCAAAAUAGCCAGCGGUAUCAAAUCCGCCGCCAACAGGAAUCUUUGGGAUGCCAGCAACGGUUUAUACAAAGACAACGAAACAACCACACUCCACCCACAAGACGGCAACGCAUGGGCCAUCAAGGCCAACCUCACCCUCUCCGCCAACCAAAGCAGCACCAUCUCCUCCGCCCUGAGCUCUCGCUGGGGCAAAUACGGCGCACCAGCCCCCGAGGCCGCAGAUGCGUAUCCCCUUUCAUCGGCGGCUUUGAAUUACAGGCCCACUUCCUCGCAAACCAACCCCAGAAAGCGCUCGACUUUAUCCGCCUUCAGUCCUGCUGGGGCGACGUGGAGGUUCGCCCCGCAGCCUGGUGAUUUGACAAGUGUGGAUGCGGGAUACACGACCGCUUUGGGGCUUUUUUCAACGACGUUCAAGAGAUCGGAAAAUGGAGAUUAUCAGGGGUUGACCUUCACUACUCCGCAAGGUACGACAGGUGAUGUAGACCUGGCGGGUGUCGAAGGAGCAUUGGUUUCGACGGAUGGCGAGCGUAUUUCUCUAGUGAAAGGAACUGCAACAGGCAUUGCUGGAGGCUCAUGGGAGUUAGAGGUUGCAAGUCAAUAG